GAUAAGUUAGAGGGACUAAUAGGUAAAGAAUAAACACGUUUUCUUCGCAUCUGGAACAAGCGAGAAGCUCUGAUCCCUUAAAUUAAAUUUACACUUUUCUCGUCUUCUUCGUCAAAAAUCCUCUUCACCAAGUUAAUCUUCUCUCCGAUCAAAAAGUCAAUUAAGUGAUCAGGUUACGCAGGAAGUGAGAUUUGAGGUUUGAGAAGCGCAACAGAACACAAGAAGGAACCUAAAUCAGUUGAAACUGCAGCCAAUGGCGCUUAACCCUCAGUUGAUGCCCAAUGGGAUGCCUGUUCCCUUUGUUAAUGAGAUGUUUGUUCUUGUCCGAGACGGGGUUGAGUUUGAAGUCGACAAGAUUCCUGGAGGACAUGGAGGGCAUGUUAAGGCCAAGGGAGUGAUAUACUUGUCUAAUAUUCGGAUGGUCUUUGUUGCUACCAAGCCUGUUGAGAACUUUGUUGCUUUUGACAUGCCUCUGCUUUACAUCCACGCCGAGAAAUUCAAUCAGCCAAUCUUCCACUGCAACAAUAUAUCUGGACAAGUCGAGCCUGUGGUACCAGAGAACGAGCACAGAGCGCUGUAUUCAACACACAGUUUCAAGAUCUUGUUCAAGGAAGGUGGUUGCGGGACGUUUGUUCCUCUCUUCUUGAAUCUUAUAUCAUCAGUGAGACAAUACAACAGACAAAUGCAGCAAGCAGCAGAAGCACCACGUGUUGAUCCUCUUCAAGCCGCUCAGACCCCUGUUGAUGAGAUGAUGAGACAUGCGUACGUGGACCCAAACGAUCCAACGAAGAUAUAUCUGCAGCAGCCAUCUGGGGAGUCUCAGUUGAGGCGGCGAGCUUACCAUUCCAGUGCAGCGGAACAUUGAUGAGACAUAUACACCGAAUCUACUACAUGAGGGUGGUGCGAUGCACAUAAGCAGCAACACAUUAAGUGUUGCAAAUAAGUUAAAAAGCGUUGUUGGUUUGUUGAUCAAACAUAAAAACUAAAACUACUUUGUGUAAUGAGAAAGAAAAGACUUGUUGGUUAUGUUGUAUAUGUGAAAAUUUGGAUUCUCGUAAAAGUGUUUCAAGGCU